AUGUUUUGGACCGCACUGGCGGCUGUGGCCGUCCUCGCGGCGGUGUGGCUAGUCCGUAUCAACGCGGGCAUGUUGAGCGUUCCCGAGGACGCACAAAACGCCUCGCCCCAACGUUGGACAAAGCAGCGAAUCCAAGAGGCGUACGAGCGGGUCAAGAAGAAGCCGAUCGAUUUCUCGCAUCUCCUGCCCCCGCGCCUGGAGAGGCGGUAUGUCAUCGUGGGCGGCUCAGGACUCGUGGGGGGCGACAUCGUGCUUCAGCUGCUGGAGCGCGGCGAACUGCCUGAGGCGAUCCGCAUCGUCGACUUUGCCCCCGUCAACCGCCGGGACAUGCUCCGGACGGCUGCGGACUGUGACUUUGCCAAGGCCGAUAUCACCUCCCGGGCCUCCGUCGAGGCCGCCUUCUCCCGGCCGUGGCCUGAGUCCGUGGCAAAGCGGCCCCUGACCGUUUUCCACACGGCGGCUGCCGUUCGCCCGCAGGAGCGCAGUUUGCUGCUGUACCACCGUAUCAGUCCGGUCAACCGUGAUGGGGCUGUGAACGUGCUGGAGACGGCUAAGGCUGCGGGUGCGGAUGUGUUUAUUGCUACGUCGUCGGCCUCGGUCGGGGUUGUUCCGCCGAACUUUUGGAUCUGGCCGUGGCAGAGCUCGCCGAAGGACUAUGUCCAGGUUGUGGAUGAGAAGGACUUUGAUGCGCCGUUGCGUCCGCACAGCCAGUUCUUCUCCAACUACGGCUACUCCAAAGCGGAAGCCGAGCGCGCCGUCUGCGCCGCCAACUCCCCGACCUUCCGCACCGGCGCCAUCCGCCCGGGCAACCCCAUCUACGGGCAAAAGACGGACCCCGUCCUCGGCAUCGUCCUCCGCACAGGCGACAACGUAACCUGGAUCCCCCACGUCAUCCAGCACUUUGUCAACUCCCGCAACGUCGCCCUCGCCCACCUCCAAUUCGAAGCCGCCCUGGCCCCGACCACCCCGACCUCCCGCACCAGCGCCCGCAGCAAAGCCGCCGCCCUCGCCCACUUACCCGCUUGCGCCGGCCGCCCCUUCAACGUCACUGACCCGGGCCCGCCCAUCGCUUUCACAGACCUCUAUACGGCUGCCGAACAGCUCUCUACCAAACCAGUCCGCACCUUCCCGCAACAGCCCCUCGUCCUAUUCCUCAUCGCCCACGUCAUCGAAGCCUGGUGCCUAAUCCUCGCGCGCUUCCCGUUUCUGACAAAAUACUUCGGUCUGCGCGAGCCGGCGGGGCCGAUCCAUAUGCUCCAGCCGUCGGUAUUCACCGUGUCGAUCCAUACGAUCAUUGAUGAUAGCGAGGCAAGGAAGAGUGUGGAGGACGGCGGGAUUGGGUAUCGGCCGGGGUGUGAGACGUUGGAGGGGGUGUGUGAGCAGAUUUUGGAGUGGAAUCGGGAGAAUGAGGGGGUGGAGGGGGAGGAUGGGCCCGAGGGGACGUUGGCGAAGGCUGCUUUGAUGGGGCAGGGGGUUGCUGCGUGA